CGGAUCAGCUGGCGAUCUGGAGCGCAGAGGGCACAGAGGAAGGCGAGGACCGCGAGCGGCCGCAACUGGCUCCGCAGUGGUUACACGAGCCGUUCUCGCGCGCGCUCGAACUCGCCGACGCCGCGCUCACUGGACACACAGCGGGCGUGGACUCGUGCGAGAUGGUGGCAGGGUCAGACGCGCACGCGAUUGCAUUAGGCUGCGCGCUGCUGGCCGACGCGCUGCACGAGCUCACCACGCGCGCGCGCGGCGACCUCACGCACCACUACAUACAGCACUACAGAGAGAACUACUACACGGAGUCGUUGCUUCCCACGGCGCUGCGGCUGAUCCCGAGCGAGCUGCUGAACGCCGCCGCGCCGCCGCCGCACUACGCGCCGUACUUCCACGGCAUACCCGACUGGGCGCCCGACGGUGAGACUCGCGCUGGUGGAGCUCGGUGGGGCUGGUGUCGUGCCGCGCCAUCUCGUCCUGCGUGGGCGGCGCGGGCGGCGGCGGCGCGCGCGGCUGGUGGGGCGCGGCCGGGCGCGCGGGCCGGGCCCUGGCGCGCCUCGUGGCCGCCUUCGUGGCGCCCGCGCUCAUCCGCCGCCAGCUCGACACGCUGCUGGCGCGCCAGGCCGAGCUCGAGGACACCGAGGUCAGUGGGCGGCCCUAGCUCGCCUCGUGGCCGCCUUCGUGGCGCCCGCGCUCAUCCGCCGCCAGCUCGACACGCUGCUGGCGCGCCAGGCCGAGCUCGAGGACACCGAGGUCAGUGGGCGGCCCUAGCUCGCCUCGUGGCCGCCUUCGUGGCGCCCGCGCUCAUCCGCCGCCAGCUCGACACGCUGCUGGCGCGCCAGGCCGAGCUCGAGGACACCGAGGUGACGGUGCACUGGACGACGAACGAGGCCAUCGCGGUGUACCGCAUCGAGGAGCGGCCCGUCGAGCUGUGGGUGCGGCUGGAGCCCGAGUUCCCGCUGGCGCUGCCGCGCGUCACCGCGCCCGCCGCGCGCCCCGCCGUCAGCACCAACUGGGUCGCCAUGUACAUCGCCUACCAGAACGGCACGAUCCUGAACGCGGUGAAGAUGUGGUGCGCGGCCAUCAGCUCGCACGUGGAGAGCGCGCCGCCGUGCUACGUGUGCUACUGCCGCCUGCACCCCGCCACCGGCCACCUGCCGCAAGUGCGCUGCCACCAGUGCCGCAACCGCUUCCACACCGAGUGCAUCCACAAGUGGUUCGUGUCGAGCCACAGAGCCAACUGCCCGCUGUGCCGCUCCAACUUCUAGGCCCGGCCUUACGUAGCGCGAUAAGAUUUAUGUAACAUCAACUGGCUUACGUCGGAUUUAUCAUUAGUGACAAGUAAACAUUUUUUAUUAUAUAGAUGCCAUUAUCGGACCAGUUCUCUCUCCAGACUCGACAAUAGUGCAUAUGCUCCGCGUGCGAAAGAAACCCCCACAAGACAUUUUCAAUGAAGGUAUUAGUUUUUUUUUUUAUUUAUUAUGUCUCCAGCUAAACUAAUAUAAUAAGCUCCAGUUAAGCCAAAUAUACGCUUGUAUAAAGGCGGGUGUCCUGCUCCAUAAAAUAUAAAACAGGGUCGCAGAAGAUCCUAAAGGAGUUUGACGAUGGGAUCGAACAAAUGACCCUCGAUUCGGCAGUCCGACACAGAUGCCGUUUUGGACUAUUGUCAACUCGUCAGUUUAUCAAAAGGUAUCUGGUAUUUAUUUUACUUAUGCAAAGCUGAAAUAUUCUUUAAUAUAUCAGAUCAGAUAAUGCAAAUAGACCAUCAAAAAAAUAUAAUUAUUUGUAUUACAUUAUCAGUGGCUACCACCUAUUCAUCCCAGACAUCAGAGAUCUUAUUCAUAAAAUUGUAAGGCUUAUUUACCUUCAUCUAAUAGUAGUAUUUACCUAUAAAAUAUCAUCCUAUAUUCUGUGGAACAGAAAGACUAACCAAGGGUUCACUAGACAAGUACAAAAAAUUAUAAUGUACUAAAUUGUAAAUACUCUUCCAUUAUUGAUAUUAUGAUUUAAAGGUU